GUGCUUCCCCGUAUCUAAGGAUCGUCGAGGGAACAAUCCGCGCCUUGAUACGAGACUCUGACAGAGUGCUUGAGUCAGAGCAUCAUAGGAUAAACGAGAAAAGAAAUUCUCAUCGGCAUUUGAACCUCUCGAAGUCAUCUUAUGCUACAUCCCAUAGGUAUAUCAGCGGCUGAGAGAAUCGUCUUAUAUACCUGCAGGGGCGAGGGUCCUGUUAAGUCCGCUGCACGACGGGGAUACGAAGCCCUAAUCCAGCAGGUGACAUCGUAAUGUAGUGAAUGAGGCCGGUUUCGCAAGCCUAUGAUAUACUAUAGGCUUCUUCUGCUAUACGACUUUGCCCCCGAAUGAGUACAAGCAGCCUGACAUAUAGUCGCGAAACCAGAGAUCUUGGAUAGCAUCUACCUGUAUAUUUGAAUUUUCUGGAAUCUCCGACGGCGCGAGCGCUCUGAAUUCUCGCAUCGCCAACAUAAGCUGCUGAAGGAAUCAAGUAGCAGAAGAAUAUAACGAGAGAAUGUCGGCUUUAGCUGAGAAACCGCCCACCAAGUAUGGCGUUGUGGUUUUCCCGGGCUUUCAGGCGCUGGACGUCUUUGGGCCGGUCGAUGCACUGAACAACUAUUCCCAGACAGCGCCAUUGGAGUUCGCGCUUCUCGCCGCUACGAUGGACCCUGUGAGUACGAAGCUGGCGCAGCCGGGUGCCAUAGGACAGAGCGUGGUGCCGACGCACACUUUCGAUGAUUGUCCCGAUCUUGAGGUGCUUCUUGUGCCUGGGGGGGUCGGAAACCGGGACCCGGCGGUCAGGGCGCCGAUAGUCGAGUUUUUGAAAAGAAUCUAUCCCAAGUUACGUUUCUUGUUAACAGUUUGUACUGGGAGUGUUAUCGUCGCAGAGUCAGGCCUGCUUGAUGGGAGACGGGCAACCUCGAAUAAGAGAAGCUGGGAUUGGGCCAUUUCUCAAGGACCAAAUGUGCAAUGGGUGCGUCAGGCACGGUGGGUUGUGGACGGGAAUAUUUGGACGUCAUCUGGGGUGUCAGCUGGUAUUGACCUCAUGUUUGCCUUCAUCAAGGAUCAGUACGGUGAGGAGACGUCGAAGCGACUGGCGGAUAAAGCUGAGUAUGUACGAAAUCCGGAUUCCGGUGUGGACCCGUUCGCUUGAAGAGCUACUAUUUCACAGACCUGCCAAUUAUCGAGUCCCGUGGUCAGUCCGAGCGCAUCUACUGAGGACUACUUUGUUUAUCUUGGCAUGUUACAUUUCGCACUCCGUGUAGGGAGGAAGCAAUUUGAAUAGUUCAUGUACGGUAGAAGAAGGUACAUUAUAAGCGAUCUAGAUCUACCUUACGCUUUUGGAUAAGUCGUUCUGCUGUUAUCGCUCUCA